ACAGCAGCGCGUGCGUACAAAAUAAUAUAUAAAGGCACCGCGUAUUAUUACCGAGCUAUAGUUCGCAGCAUAUCGUCAAGAUGGCCGCCAAACAUUACUUCACCAUGCUCCUGCUCGUAUCCCUGAUGGCUCUCAUAGCCAGUAACAGUUCGUUUGAAAAAGAUUGUCCUGAGAAUUCUCAUUUGACAAUGGACCCCUGCGCGCCGACCUGUGAAGAUCCAGACCUAACACACACCAGCUGCGUAGCGGCAUUGCUCCCAACAUGCCACUGUGAUGAUGGCUUCCUCUUCGACAAAUCAGGAAAAUGCGUACCCGUUGAUGAAUGUCCAGACCAAAAGAAUUGUCCUGAGAAUUCUCAUUUGACAAUGGAUCCCUGCGCGCCGACCUGUGAAGACCCGGAACUGAAAAACACCAGCUGCGUAGCGGCAUUGCUCCCAACAUGCCACUGUGAUGAUGGCUUCCUCUUCGACAAAUCAGGAAAAUGCGUACCCGUUGAUGAAUGUCCAGACCAUAAGAAUUGUCCUGAGAAUUCUCAUUUGACAAUGGACCCCUGCGCGCCGACCUGUGAAGACCCAGAACUGAAAAACACCAGCUGCGCAGCGGCAUUGCUCCCAACAUGCCACUGUGAUGAUGGCUUCCUCUUCGACAAAUCAGGAAAAUGCGUACCCGUUGAGGAAUGUCCAGACCAAAAGAAUGAGUGCGUCAACUGAUUCCGACUUAUAAUAGGGGUUGUAGUAUGAAACUGCGUUUCAUUGUAACUAGUUGUUCUCUGGUAGUCGAAAUUCGACUAUAGUUAAUUAAAAUUACAAGUUUGUACACUAUUGUGAUUGUAUUGUCAAAGACUAUUAUAUUAUUUCUAUUAAAUAAUCACAGAUUUCGCCAAGACUACACUAUAGAUAAAUAAUAUUAAAGAUAAACAAUAAUAACCUAUUCUCAGUUUGACUUUAAGCAUUAACAACAGUUGGACAAUAAACAAAUAGUAUGCACGCGUGUGUGUGUCAAAUACAUGGUAGUGUGUGUAAUGUUUUUUUUAUUGAUUUAAUGUUUUUUUAAUGCAUAAUUUUAAAAAAAAUUAGCCUUCUGCACUACUUCUCUAUAUUCUCUAUAAGUGUGGGAAAUUUCAUACUCCUCCGUCCGCGCAAUUUUCGUAAAAAGAUUUUUGAGAGAAACUUUUUUCAAAUAGUACCUGUGAGGUUCUUCUUUUAAAAAAAUGUGCAACAUUCGAUUAUCGACUUUCAGUUGCUUUUUUUUUUUAAACCAGACAAGAAAGAUGAAUAUUCCGAAAAUUCGAAUGAUUUUUGAUUACGAGUUCCGACGCAGAACUAACGCUGCAGAAACAGCUCGCAAUAUCAAUGUUGCAUUUGGAAAGGGGACUGGUAAUGAACGCACCGUGCGAUUUUGGUUUAAACGCUUUCGUGAUGGAAAUUUUGAUUUGAAGAACUAACCACGUGGAAGACCCACCAUCUGAAUAACACUGAAUUGAAAGAGAUGGUGGAAGCCGAUCCGAGCCAAACUACCCAGGAAUUAGCGGCAUGGUUUAACGUUAUCUUACCAACAAUAUUGACUUAUUUGCGUCAAAUCAAUAAAAUAAAAAAAUAUGAAAAAUGGGUGCCUCGUGAUUUGACUGAUCUGCAGAAAGAAACGCGUGUUGAAACUUGUGUUGCCUUGUUGAAUCGAUACAGAAAUGAAGGAAUAUUGGAUCGAAUUGUGACGUGUGAUGAAAAAUGGAUUCUUUACGAUAACCGUAAGCGCAAAAUGCAAUGGCUGACCCCAGGUCAAACGUCGCAACAAUGUCUUAAAGCAAAGCUUACCAAUAAAAAGGUAAUGAUGUCUGUUUGGUGGUCUCAGCAUGGUGUUAUUCACUAGAGCUUUCUCCGAUCUGGUCAAGCAAUAACGGCUGAUGUCUACUGUGCCGAACUUCGAGCAAUGAUAGCAAAACCUGUAGUGAAACAUCAGACUCAUGAAUCGAUCUUCACCAUUAUUGCUCCAUGAUAACGCGACACCUCAUACAGCACGAGAAACCGUUUUAACUCUACAGGAACUGCAAUUAGAAACCAUUCGUUACCCUCCGUAUUCACCCGACCUUGCUCCAACGGACUGCCAUUUUUUUUGUGAUUUGGUCAAAUUUUACGUGAUAAAAAGUUUUCUUCCCAGGAGGCAGUACAAAAUAUUUUCACACAAUUUGUAGAAUUUAGAUCACCAGAGUUCUAUCGCAAAGGCAUAAAAGACCUUUCUAUUAGAUGGCAGCAAUGUAUCAGUAAUAAUGGUAGAUAUUUUGAUUAAAUAAAAAAAACAAAUUUCAAUUUUUCAGUAAAAAUCGUCAAUUUCAUACUUUAACCCCUAAUAUUUCGUUUUCAAAGUUCAUUAUUUUUGUCUUCAAAAACUAAAUUUCAGUACCUACCUAAUUAUCGACCGUUUCUAUUAAAAAUUUUGAAUAAAGAAAUGAUUUGUUUGUGUGUUCUUGGAAUUCACAAAAAUAGCCAGAGAUUUGAAUGAAAAAUGAAAAAUCAUAUAAUCAUAAUAAGUCAUUCCAUGAGCAUGUCUGUAAAUAUUCCAAGCUGUUUAAAAAAGCCUGUACAUUGGCUAAGUCAUUGCACUUAGGCAAUCUUAUAAAAAAUGCACCUGACAAAAUUAAAAUGACUUGGAAUAUUAUUAAUAGGGAGACUGGGUAUGUCAGAAACAGCAAUGCUGAAUUAACUUUGAAAAUCAAUGAUAAAACAAUAACUUCUCAUCAAGAAGUGGCCAGUGCCUUUGAGCGCUACUUUGCUGAUAUCCCAGCUUCUACUACAAAAUCUUUAAUUUCAUCUCCUACCGUCGCCGAAUCAUUACUGCAAGAUCAUGUUGAUAAAUGCAGUGUUAACUUUAAGUUCACAAAUAUUGAUAUAAAGGACAUAAUUGAUAAUUUCAAGCUCAUUACUAUUAAGAAAACUGGUGAUUUAUGGGGAAUUUCAAUUAAGGUUAUAAAAUCCAUUAUUGAUAUAAUCGCACCUUACCUUGCUACAAUAUUUAAUGACUGUUUUGAUUGUGGUGUGUUUCCUGAUCUAAUGAAAUAUAGUAAAAUAAAACCUUUGUUUAAAUCUGGUAGUACUUUUGACCCCGCUAACUUUAGGCCUAUUUCAGUACUACCUACAUUGAGUAAAAUUUUUAAAAAAAAUAUUUUGGAACAACUUUUGAACCAUUUCAAUUCCAAUAACCUGCUUCAUAACAAACAAUAUGGAUUCACUAGAGGUCGUUCAACUAUUGAUGCAGGUGUAGAUCUUAUUAAAAAUAUUUUUCAGGCUUGGGAGGAAUCGCAUAAUGCCCUUGGGGUUUUCUGCGAUUUAUCUAAAGCUUUUGAUUGUGUUGAGCAUAAUACAUUGUUGAGGAAAUUACACCUUUAUGGUAUUAUACUUGUGUAUAUACAUAUGUAACUAUACUUGAGACCUUAGAACUUGUAUCUCAAGGUGGGUGGCGCAUUUACGUUGUGGAUGUCUAUGGGCUCCAGUAACCACUUAACACCAGGUGGGCUGUGAGCUCGUCCACCCAUCUAAGCAAUAAAAAAAAAAUAUUAGGGGCGUUUCAUUAGAACUUAUUAAAUCUUAUUUAUCCGGAAGAAUCCAAAAGAUAGACGUUAAAGGAAAGAGAUCUUCCGAUCUUCCGUGUCUUACUUAAUAUGGGUGUUCCUCAGGGUUCCAUAUUGGGUCCCUUUCUAUUUUUUGUGUAUAUCAAUGAUUUACCAAAGUUUAUUGAAACCCGUCACGAGGUCGUAUUAUUCGCUGACGAUACAUCCUUAUUGUUUAAAAUUAAACGAAAAUUGGAAUAUUAUGACGAUAUGAAUGAUGCUAUCUCGCGCGUGGUACAUUGGUUUAGUGUUAAUAAUCUGUUAUUAAAUAACAAAAAAAAAACAAAAUGUAUAAAAUUUACCACACCUAAUGUUAGACAAGUAGACACUAAUAUUACUGUAAGUGGAGAGACACUGGAGCUUGUGGAUUCGACAGUUUUUCUUGGUAUAACAGUUGAUUCCAAGCUGCAGUGGGGUCUUCACAUAGGCAAGUUAGCGAGUAGACUUAGUUCUGCAGCGUUUGCGGUAAAAAAAUACGAACGUAUACCAACGAAGAUACGUCACGUCUAUUUUAUUUCAGUUAUUUUCAUAGUGUUAUGUCAUAUGGCAUUUUGCUAUGGGGCAAUGCUGCCGAUGUUGAAACGAUUUUCAUCCUGCAGAAGAGGGCUAUUCGUGCUAUUUAUAAUAUGCACCCGAGGGAAUCCUUGAGGGACAAGUUUAAGGAAAUCAAAAUUCUAACUUUAGCGUCCCAAUACAUUUUUGAAAAUAUAUUGUACGUGCAUAAAAACAUUGAAGAAUUCCCCAGAGUCUGCGAUUUGCAUAAUGUGAACACUAGGAAAAAACAUAGGCUUGCGUUGCCGGCGGCUCGAAUUAAGAAAAUAAGCAACUCUUUUAGGGGGCUGGGUGUACAACUUUUCAACAAGAUUCCACAAAACGUUCAAUUACUACCUGUUCAUAGAUUUAAGAAAACUGUCAAGGUACGUUUAUGCAACAAGGCAUAUUAUAAAGUUAAGGAUUAUUUACUAGAUGGUACUACGUGGGAAUGAGGCGUUCACUCCUGGCCUUUUCAUUUUUCAUUAUUAUUAAAUUUUUUUUAAUUGUAUUUUUUUGACUUGUUUUUCUUUUAUUGUGAAUAUUUCUAUUUAUUUAAAAAAAAAGAAAAUAUUUGAGAAAAAACAAAAAAAAAAGCUUGCUGAGUUUGUUUCGCCGGUUCUUCUCGGGACUGUGGCUUUUUUUGGAACCGGUGGUACAGUUAACAUUGUUAUUUAUAUUUUGACAGUCAACAAGUGUGUUAAACUGACAUCUAAGUUGAAAAAAAUGAUUUUGAAUUUUGUUUUGAAUUAAAUGAUGAUUGAUUAA